AAAAAUUACUCUGAUUACUCAUUUCGGUGUGUUUUAUCGCAUUUUACGUUCGGGGAGUGUUCCUUCCUUCUCUUUUGUUAUUCGGCUGACACGCAAGAUUUUGCCGUUAUCGCCUCCCUAAACUGUCAGAAAGUCCAGCUUGCUACUUGUUGACACAGUCUGUGAACAGCGGAAAUAUUAGACACCCGUUGGUCAGCAGUCAGCAACUUCCGUUUUCCAUCGAAUGACCAGGGACAAUGUCAAUUUUAAAUGGUUUUACUGGAAGAGACGCCAAUAUAUUGCAGACUCUAAAAGGACAUUUUAGCGAUAUAAAUUCCUGCGAUUUUGCACCUAACUUUACGCUAGUCACUGGUUCCAGUGAUAAAACCAUUAGAGUAUGGGACUGGAUAAAAGGUUCUGGUUAUGUAGAACGGCAAAAUUCACCUCUGCGAGGUCACAAAUAUCAAGUCACCUGUGUCAAAAUUUCACCUCAAGGUUCGAUGAUGGCGUCAUCCUCCGUAGACGGUACUGCCUUGUUAUGGAAUCUACAUUCACUGACAAAAUUAUACACCAUGACCCAGGUUAACGGGGACCCCAUAAGAGUGUGCAGUUUUUCACCUGAUAGCACUUUGCUGGUAACAGCAGGAGAUAAUGGAGCAGUUUGUAUCUGGGAUUUGGUGCACAGAAUAUUAGUUAGAACCCUUUUUGAACACGAAGGCACUACUCAAGGUCUAGCAUUUACCCCAGACUGCCAGUUUCUUGUUACAGCAUGUAGUUUAGAAGUCGUAAAAGUAUGGUACCUUCAAAAUCUAAUAGAUACAACUACUGAUAAUGUUUGCACGCCUAUUGUUAGGAUGGACAAUAUACACGAUAUGGGAGUCUUUUCUAUCGACAUAUCAAGACAUAUCGAAGUAGAUGAAAGUAAUCCUCUCAUUCGACAUUAUACCAUGGCCUCUGGCGGAUGUAACAACGAAAUUAAAAUCUGGAGGAUCACUUCAAAAGCCCUAGUUAAAAAUAAAAAUCACACUCACAACGAAGUAUCGUUUCAACAAGACAAAAUAUUGGACGGACACAACUCCUCGGUCACCUGCGUAAGGUAUAGCAAUGUUGGCGAAUAUUUGGUAUCUUCUAGUUUAGAUAAGUCAGUCAAGGUGUGGGAUACUAAUGGCACUUGUUUCGUAACACUUUAUGGUCAUCAGAGAUAUGUCAACAGUGUUGCAUUCUCUAAGGACAACUCGCUUGUAGUUUCAGGUUCCACAGGUUCCAACGACAAAGUACUCAUUGUGUGGGACUUGACUGGAAAUAUUGAUCUGGACACCGAACUUUUCGCCCCGAUAUCUAGCCCAAACGGUGGAGUUUUUGAAGUACAAAUGAGCCAAAGUUCAAAUCUGGAUAACAACGAUCCAGUACUAUUGGAAAAAAUCGAUGACAUUUUUGAGGGCGGUGUUAACAGUUGCUGUUUCCAUGGUACUAAUUUAUUAGCUACCGGAUCCGGGGAUAAAUUCGUUAGAUUGUUUCGCGUAACAGAGGAAAAUAACAAUAUAGAAGAAGUAUCCAAUUCUCCCCUAGAGGGACAUACAUAUGCUAUAAAUUACGUUGAAUUUUCUAAAGAUGGAAGUAGAUUGGCGUCUUCUUCAUUGGAUGGAUGUACUUUUAUCUGGGAUCCUGAAGUUGGUGAAAAACUCUCAUCUAUACCCAAAAACAGUUUAUCCAUUAAAGUGUGCAGAUUUUCGCCAAACGGAAAAUUUAUAGUUACCGGUGGAGACGACGAGAAAGCUGUUAUUUGGGACGUGGAAACGAUGAAUAGAGUCUCCGUUUUAGAAGGCCACCUAGAUACCAUAACUUCUGCCUGCAUCUCACCAGAUAACAAAAUGAUCGUAACCGCAUCAUGUAAUUCCGAUUUUAGAAUGUGGCUCGUUGAAAAUUAUAAAUGUAUAUAUGUUAAGGAGGAUGCGCACGACGGUGGGAUCCAGUGUUGUGACUUUUCAGAAAAUUUAGAACCGGUUCCUAACGUUGCUUAUGAAGGACAGUUGUAUUUAUUAUCAACUUGUGGUAACGAUAGUAUGGUAAAAUUAUGGAAAAUUAGUGUAGAAACGGCAGUUGAUAAUGAACUAAACUUUGAAACAAUUGAUGUUAAACUUUGGAGAUUGUUGCAAGGACAUGGGGGGAAUGUAAUAUCUGUCAGAUUUUCACCGACUGUUGGUGAAGUAGUUUGCUCGACUGCGACUGAUAGACAGGCUAGAUUAUGGUCUGUGUAUGGAGGUCAAUGCUUACACGUCCUUGACCACGACUCUAUAGUUACGUGCUGUUCGUUUAGUUUGGAUUGUUCGUUAUUAGCGAUUGGAUGUUUAGAUAGGACUCUAUGGAUAUGGAAGUUACCGCAGCAAUUGGUCUUUCAAACAGCCAUAGCUAAUAAACUGAGAAGUCGCACUAAAACAAUAGCAGAAUGGACUAAUCACGAUGUUAUCAAAUGGCUGGACGAAAUUGGUAUGUCUAGAAUAGCUGAAAACGUAAAAAACACAGGAUUAGAUGGAGAAAAAUUAUUAACUUUUUCGGAAAUCGAAGUUUGCUCAGGACUGGACCUUGAUGACGAGACGACUAGAGUAAUGAUAAACGAACUAAAGUGGCUUAAAAAAGUUGAAUUAAAGAUUCAAGCACCAGUAAAUGUAACUAUUCCUGAUGAAUUUCUAUGUCCAAUAACACAUGAAAUAAUGAGAGAACCAGUAACUUGUUCGGAUGGGUUUACGUAUGAGAAGAACGCUAUUGCUGAAUGGUUUAUGUCCGGUAAAUAUACCAGUCCCAUGACUAAUUGUACACUUGCCAAUACGAAUUUUUCUGCCAAUAUGGACGUGCGAGAUGCAAUAAUGAAGUUUUUAGAUGGAGAAGAAGAGGAAGACUAAGCUUAGUUUAAACUAUAACAUAAUAUUUUCUUAUCAACCUGAUAUAUUUUUAGUUAUUAGCAUCCUUGUUUAUAUAUUCUUAAAGUUGCUCAACCGACUAGACAAAAUGUGCUGCCAACUGGAGGACAAAUCGUGAAC